CACUUUACUUGGAGAUUGCCUAUUUGUUAACAAUAGAUAAAAAUGGAAAUAAGUGGUGUGUGUAAUCUGUUGUUACCUUCUUCUUCCUCCUCUUCUACAACAACAUAUUCCAUUCAUCCUUUAACCAAUCAAAAAAAUCACUCCACUUUCAGAAUCAAGUCUUCUUCCAUUACAACUCAAUCCCAGUCUCAAUCUCAGCAACCCAAAAAACAACAUCCUUCACCCUAUAUCUUAAAAGAAGAAAAAAAUGCAGACACCAAAAACCCAAAUGCCAUUUACAAAGAUAUUCAAAGAUUUGCCAAACAAGACAAGCUCAAAGAAUGUCUUACCAUUUUGGAUUACUUAGAUAAAAAAGGCAUUCCUGUUAACCCCACUACAUUUUCACAUUUAAUCGCUUCUGUUAUUCGUCUUAAGUCCUUAUCGAUUGGAAAAAUCAUUCAUACCCAUAUCCGAAUAAACGGGCUUGAACAUAAUGAGUUUUUGAAAACUAAGUUAGUUAAUAUGUACACUUGUUGUGGGUCAGUUGAAGAUGCACGCCAACUGUUUGAUGAAAUGCCGAGCAGAAGUGUUUACCCUUGGAAUGCUUUGCUUAGAGGGAAUGUUGUAAGGGGUGGGAUGAGGUAUCGUGAUAGUCUCGAUACGUUUUCGUUAAUGAGGGAAUUGGGAGUUGAAUUGAAUGUUUAUACGUUUUCUUGUUUGAUUAAGAGUUUGGGUGGCGCGUCUGCGUUUUAUCAAGGUUUGAAGAUGCAUGGUUUGUUGAUAAAGAACGGGUUUGUUGGUGAUUCGAUUGUGAGUACUUGUUUGAUUGAUAUGUACUUUAAAUGUGGGAAAACUAGGCUUGCUUGUCGAGUUUUUGAAGAAGUUUGUGAAGAUCAAAGAGAUGUGGUGUUGUGGGGGGCAAUGAUUGCUGGUUUUGCGCAUAAUCGACUUCAUUUGGAAGCCAUUGAGUAUCUUAGAUGGAUGUUAAGAGAAAGCAUAUCGCUUAAUUCAGUUAUACUGACGACAAUUCUUCCUGUGAUUAGCCAUCUUUCGUGUAGGAAACUUGGUAAAGAGGUUCAUGCUUAUGUGCUAAAGACAAAGGAGUACUCGAAGCAAUUGUUUAUUCAAUCGGGUUUGAUUGAUAUGUAUUGUAAAUGUGGGGAUAUGGGUUCAGGAAGGAAGGUUUUCUAUGGAUCAACGGAACGGAAUACAAUAUCUUGGACUGCACUUAUGGCAGGAUAUGCUGCAAAUGGCAGGCUUGAGCAGGCUUUGAGAUCGAUUGUUUGGAUGCAACAAGAACGAUUUAAACCUGAUAUUGUUACGAUUAACACGGUUAUUCCCAUUUGUGAAAAGCUAAAAGCUUUAAGACAAGGUAAAGAAAUCCAUUGUUUUGCUGUUAAGAAUGGUUUUGUUCAACAAGUGUCUAUUACUACAUCCUUGAUGAUGAUGUAUGCAAAAUGUGGUUCUCAUGACUAUUCUCUGAAACUAUUCGACAAUCUGGAACGGAAAAACGUGAUCUCUUGGACGGCUAUGAUUGAAUCAUAUGCAGAAAAUGGGUGUCUGGAUGAUGCAGUGGGUGUUUUUCGGUCUAUGGUGGUGUCAAAACACCGUCCAGACUCGGUAACUAUCUCAAGAAUGUUGAGUGUUUGUGGUGAACUUAAGGCUCUGAAGCUCGGUAAGGAGAUUCAUGGGCAGGUUUUGAAAAAAGAUUUAGGAUCGAACCCUUUUGUUUCUUCAGAAAUAGUGAGGUUUUAUGGGGUAUGUGGCGAAAUCAGGAAGGCGGUGAUUGCUUUUAAAGCGGUCCAUGUGAAGGGUCCCAUGACUUGGACUGCCAUAAUUGAGGCGCAUGGAUACAACUCCUGCUACCAAGAAGCGAUUGAUCUAUUUGAUCAGAUGACUAGAAGUGGCUUUUCGCCUAACCAGUUUACUUUCAAAGCAGUUCUGUUUAUUUGUGAGCAGGCUGGAUUUGUUGAUGAAGCUUGCAGGGUGUUUCAGCUAAUGACUAGAAGAUAUAAAGCUGAAGUAACACAAGAACAUUACACGAGUAUAAUUAGAGUUUUGGCUAGUUCUGGACGAACUGAUGAGGCAGAAAGGAUCAGUCGUUUGAGUUCAUCUUUCUGAGGAACUAGGGUUGCCAUUGGUACCGCCAUUUGUGCAAAAAAAAGAAAUAGGCAACGACGACCAGGAUUUCGGAC